ACACGGAAUCAUUACCACCACCUCCCAAGGGACCGGAGAGUGAGAGUUUGUCUCUAGAGGCCGAAUCCCCGCGAGGGUUACCAUUUGACCCUCUGGGACAGAGCAUAACUUUCGAGUUCCGGAUCUAAAGCGGACUGGGGCGGUGAGGAGUCACGCCCCGCGCCCCUACACACUGGUACCUGGCUUCGGUCCAGGCCCUGAAUGGCUGGUCUCCAGUUGGCUCCACAUCUGCCUGUGGGCGUUAUGUUCCCACAUAAUAAAACAGAAGUGCCAGGGCUCCACUCAGCUAAGCAGGACCCUUAUGAACCAGGUGACUCUUCCCAGCGGUCCUCGAUGGGACACUUGAGGAACGAUUUCCAGCAGAAGUUUUGGAGGAACACAGAGCCUGAGCCGGAGGAGGGUGUCUCCACUCACCCCAAAGGGAACAUGUGCACAAAAACCCGGAGGCACUCGUGUCCCCAGAGUGCCAGGAUCAGCCAGCAGAGCUCAGCAAGCAAUCCCCAGGGCCAAGGAAAGGGCUUGUUUUCCUUGUCAAACCCUCAACCCCGGUAUCCCAAAGCAAAUGACCAAGACUUCAUUCCCUUUAGGAAGAAACGAGUUGGAGUAGAUCGGGCAUACCCACUGAAACCCAUGGCCCACCGGAAGUCUCAUAGUACAGGUGAGGUAGGCACCGAUGAGGACCAGAAUGCCUAUCCAAGACUCCCUAACUCGAAUGAGCUUUCAGGCAGCAACUUUGGUUUGAGGAGCUGGUUGAAUUCGUCUCUUUUUGCCUCUGUGCAGGCAGAGAAGGUCAUGGCUGACCUCCAUAGGACCGAGUGGACACAGAUCCGAAGACUAGAAGCGGCAGGUGAGACGCUAGAGAUGGAAAUCCGCAGAAAAGAGAGCCUCCUGAGAGAGAAGCUGAAGAAGACAGAGGAGGGUCUCCGAAGGAUUCAGAAGGAAAAGAAACGGGCCCAGGAGCAUGAAGACAGAGAGCUACUAAGAACGACCCUAUCUGCAGGGAGAGUUAGGGACGGUAACAGCAACGCCACACAGACACCCAGCUUAUCUCCCGAGUUCAGUUCCGAGGAAUUCAGUAGAGACAGGGGAGAGGGUCAACCUUGUGAUUGGGCUCAGAAAACCUCUAGCCCACUCCAGUUCUCUGAUUAUGAAAUCCAGAGGCUCAAAAGGGAGAGGCUGACGGCAAGCAACAACAAAGUCCGAGACUCAGGGCCUCCCGCAGACGAAUUUCUGAAACCUUCAGAAGAGCUGGGCAGCGCAUUGCAGGCAUCAAGCCCGUCGGCAUCACCAAGCUCCUUGGGGUCCGGUUCCUCCACAGAAGAACCAGAGCUGGGCAAGUGCAGCCACUGUGGACGCUCGUUUCUUUCUCUCAGGCUGCAGAGACACUCCACCGUCUGUGGGAGGAUGCAAGGGUCCAAGAGGAAAGUAUUCGACUCCUCCAGGGCCCGGGCUAAGGGCACAGAGCUAGAGCAGUACUUGAACUGGAAGGGGCCAACCACUGCCGCCAAGACUGAGCCUCCCCGGAAGAGCACCUGGAGGCAGAAGCACGAGUCUUUUAUCCGCACCCUCCGUCAUGCUCGGCAGGUCCAGCAGGUCAUCGCCAGAGGUGGGAAUCCCUCAGACUUGCCCCCCAUCCUGCCUGCGGAAAACCCAGACUAUGUCCAGUGUCCCCACUGCAGCCGCCACUUUGCUCCCAAGGUGGCUGAACGACACAUACCCAAGUGUAAGACCAUCAAGAACCGCCCCCCACCCCCGAGGAGGCACGACAGCUGAGCAGAAAAUGGCAGAACCCGCCUUGCUUAGUUGAGGAGGCUGAGCUUCCCUUCAGCAGUAAACCAGAGCAUGAGUGGCCGAAAGCAGGGAGAAGUGGAACCUUUGCAGAACUCAGCUCCACCUGCUGAGCCAAACCACCCCGGAGGAGAGCCCUCUAGCUACCUGGCAGGAGGCGGGUGGAAGCCCAGCUUCUCACUGGAUCAUAACCCUGGCUGUGUGUUUAUGUUCUUGUCUGAAGGACUGGGGAGGGUGUGUGUGAGAGAGAGGACACUGGGUAGUGAGGCCGCAUUAAAGCGCUCUUCUCCUGAGCCCGACCAUGGUUUGUACUGAAGUGCCUGCAUUCAGUUGUGUUUUCUGACCGUGGCACAUGUCCAGGGUUUCUGUUAGCCCUUCUUGCUUUUCAAAGUAGGGAUAAUAAAGAGGAGUGAGGUCAGAGGGUCAUUGCCAUACAGAUGGUAACUCUUAUAAAAGAUAGAAGUUUGUGCCGUCAGGCAUUAUUGAUGGAAAUCUAUCCUUGGCCUCCAUGGCCCGUGGUUCUGGCUGAUAGCCAACAAAAGUAUGUACCAUUAGGGGACCAGUGUAUCCCUAACCUUCCCCGUGGUGUGCUGUAUAAUGAAACAUCUUUUUGCACUUUACAGGGUAGGGAUGAAUAGAAAACAGUUUUACUUCUCUGAACUUGUUCUUUUUAAACGCAUCUCAUAUGUAAAAGAAAGAAGCCCCUAGGACCCUUUCAAACAAUACUGUCUGGGUACCUUGAGACAGCAGAGCCAGUCUAAGCAAGCAUAGACAAUGUUCAUUUUCAUGGCCCUGUGAUCAGAGCGUAGUCAGACUUCUAUCUUAAACACUGAAAGGGAUCAGGUCUUCUUAACAGUGAGAACACUGCUCACUUCAAGUUAGACCCUCAACUAGGGGGUUUGGGGAGCUUAGAAAGAUGGGCGCUGAAGCUCUUACAAAUGCUGGAUAUUUAGCCUGACAUGCCUCCAGCCCCGGCAAGUUUAUUGAGGAGUACACAGUUCCUUACAUCAGGUUAAAGGUUACAGAUAAGCAGCUGUGGCUAAAGAAGUCACAAUGUUGUAUCCCCAUGGAUGUUCACAAUUUUUAAAGAUUAUCUUAUGAGUGUUUUGACUGCACACCGGUACCUGCAGAAAUCAGAAGUGUUGGAUCCCCUGGAACUGGAGUUACAGAUGGUCGUGAGCCACCAUGUACAUGCUAGGAACCCAGGUUCUUUGUUUCUUUGUUUUGACACAGGGUUUCUUGUGUAGCUUGGUGGUCCUGAAACUCACCCUAUAGACCAGACUGGCCUUGAACUGACAGAGAUCCACCACCUCUGCUUCCUGAGUGCUGGGACUAAAGGUUCUUAACCUCAGAACCAUCUCUCCAGCCCCCACCCCACUCCACCCCAGAUGCUUUAUUGUUCAUAUGUUUUUUCGAGACAAGGUUUCUCUGUGUAGCCCUAGCUGUCCUGGAACUAGCUCUGCAGACCAAGCUGCCCUCGAACUCAUGGAGAUCCGCCUGCCUCUGCCUCCCGAGUGCUGGGAUUAAAGGCAUGCAUCACCUUGCCCGGCCCCAGAUACUUUGUCAUGAAGCAUUCAAAAAAAUUUAACUUUUAAAAACUUGGUAUAGGAGCAUGUCUUGACACACUGGAGGCUGUAGAAACACGGGGCCGUAACCUACACAGGACACACUGGAAGGGGUUCACAAUCUGCCACUCCUUCAGUUGGGAAUGAUAGCAAGUAAAGCCAGAUUCUCUUCCUUCAUCUGCUGGGCCUCUUAGACAUAUGGAUUUGGGAUCCCACAAUGUUAUUAGGGUCACAGUUUAGAGCCCUCAAGGGGAAACAACUGUGUGCAGGUCUUACUAUAGACACAAGCAGUUAUUCAUUCUUGAGUUGCCAAAGAAAGAAAACAAGAGCCCUUGUCUUUGUGUUCCCUUUGACCUCAGCUUUUGCCAGUCUUUUGAAUUCAGCUAGCUCGGGGGAGGUCAGAGCUGUUUUACAACCUCGAGUCUCUUCCUCAGUAGAGGUCACAUAGAUGCUGCUUGUCAAGUCCGUAUGUUGUUACUUUAAGCACAUGUCAUAAACAUCAUACAUUUUAAAGUUCAAAAAGCUAUGGGAAAUUCUCGUGGUGAAACUCACAAGGUAGCUCUUUUUAUUUAGAAGUGUGUACAGACAUGCUGAGCUUUCCUAGUUCACAAAGCUUGUCAACAUCAGAUCGCCCUUCAAGACUACACAGACUGGCAAGCAAAGCUGUGACACAGAUUUUCCUCCCCGAGGCCCAUGACCUGUGAGGUUUAGUGAUCAGCACAUUUAUGUCGGCAGUUAAUCACUGCGACAAUAAAUGACUUCUGGCCUUGCAGGGAAUCUCAGUCUUGACUACAGCCCACUGCACCUCCUGCUAUCAUGACUGAUACUUCCUUUGAGGCCUGGGGACCUCAUGUGAAGGACUUUCUGUAAAAUACAUGUUUUCCUCUGGGCUGCUCUUCCUAUCAUGAAUGUUUCUGAACAGAUAACAAACCAAAUGAAAUUUGAGCCUUUUGCUUUAAACUGCAGUGCAGCGCUCAGCCAAGAAAAGGAGCAGCUGUUACACCAAGGAUACCAAAUACAACUCAGCUGUCUUGAGGAAGUCUUAGCAACAAACUGGCAGGAUCACUGGGAACGGUCUCUCAUCAGGACCAAGGAGGUGUGUAAAAGAAACCUGAUGCCUCUUAUCACUGUGCACACAUGGUGUGUACGACUGCAGGCACACACACGCCAGUGUGUGAGGUCAGAGGCAGUGCUGUGAUUCGGUAGGAUGAACUCAGGUCACCAGGCCUGCCCAGCAAGCCACUCUGACCUGCUGAGCUACCCUGCUAGCCCGGGACCCUUCUUUUAAUGUCUCCUUUCCCCCCUCUGGGCUUUCUGAAUCUUUACAAACUUUGUUAGGAAAAAAAAAAACUAUUGCAGUACAAAUGAUUUUUUUUCUGGCAAGAAUGAGACUGGAAAACAGCAGAGGUUGUUUCUGUGUAAUGUC